UCUCUACUCUACUAUUUUUUUUAAAAAAAUUCUCUUAGAAUUAUAAUUUUUUUUUUUUGGAUACAGAGUUAAGUUAGUAUCAAUGGCAGGUGGUACUUUUGUUGAUAAAGGCACGGGCAAAGAUUACCCGGGAAAGAUGACACCAUUUGUCUUCAUAAGUUGCCUCAUUGCUUCAUGUGGUGGUCUCAUUUUUGGCUAUGAUAUUGGGAUCUCUGGGGGAGUUACGUCGAUGGAUUCUUUCCUGAUAAAGUUCUUCCCAUCGGUGUAUCACAAAAUGAAAGAAGAUACGGGGACAAACCAGUAUUGCAAAUUCGACAGCCAGUUGCUCACGACGUUCACAUCGUCGCUGUAUCUAGCCGCUCUUAUCGCCUCCUUCUUUGCGUCGACUGUGACUCGGGUUUUAGGAAGAAAAUGGUCUAUGUUUGGAGGAGGCAUCACGUUUCUUGUAGGUGCUGCGCUCAAUGGGUCUGCACAAAAUGUACUCAUGCUUAUUGUUGGAAGGAUUUUGCUUGGAAUUGGGGUUGGGUUUGCAAACCAGUCAGUCCCCGUCUACCUCUCUGAAAUGGCCCCUGCCCGCCUUCGGGGCAUGCUAAACAUAGGCUUCCAGCUAAUGACCACCAUCGGCAUCUUCGCCGCCAACCUCAUCAACUACGGUACCUCCAAGAUCUCCAUCACCUUAGGCGCCCUUUUCCUCCCCGACACCCCAAACUCCCUCAUCGAACGCGGCUACGAUGAAAAGGCCAAGCUUCAACUCCAGCGCAUCCGAGGCACCUCCGACAUCAAAGCGGAGUUCGAAGACUUGGUUGCCGCGAGCCAAGAGGCGAAGAUGGUACAACAUCCGUGGAGGAAUAUUUUGAAGAGGAAGCACAGGCCACAGCUGAUAAUGUCGAUUAUGAUACCGUCCUUCCAGCAGCUGACGGGGAUUAACGUGAUCAUGUUCUAUGCGCCCGUGUUGUUCAAGACGAUAGGGUUCGGGGACGAUGCAUCGCUUAUUUCGUCGGUGGUGAGCGGGGUUGUCAAUGUGUUCGCGACGUUCGUGUCGAUUGGGACUGUUGAUAGGUUUGGGAGGAGGGUUUUGCUUUUGGAAGGAGGGCUUCAGAUGAUUGCUUCUCAGCUACUCGUAGGCAUAAUGGUGAUGAAAAAAUUCGGGACGACGGGCAUCGCGGAUGACUUGACAAAGAACUACGCAAUGGGGCUCGUAGUCCUCAUCUGCGUCUUCGUUUCGGCUUUCGCUUGGUCAUGGGGACCUCUCGGGUGGCUGAUCCCCAGUGAAAUCUUCCCUCUAGAGAUUCGAUCAGCCGGCCAGAGCAUCAACGUGUCGGUUAACAUGUUGUUCACCUUCUUCAUUGCUCAGGCGUUUCUCCCCAUGCUUUGUCACUUCAAGUUCGGGCUCUUCUUCUUCUUCGGCUCAUGGGUGGCCGUCAUGACCGUGUUUGUCUACUUCUUCGUUCCUGAAACAAAGAACGUGCCGAUCGAAGAAAUGACUCGCGUAUGGAAGAACCACUGGUUUUGGAGCAGGUUUACUGAGGAGGAUGAGUCGCAGGUGUAAGGAUUUGAUGCUAGUUUGGUUAAUUAGAAUUGAUGUUUUAGGUGUUUGUGAUAAUUUUCUUCAGCUUAGACGGAUUGCGCCUGUAAUAAUCGACACAAGUAAUUGUGAGUUUAUUUGGGAUUUUAAUUUAUUAUUCUGUGUAUUUAUUUCAGAUGCAUUAAUUAACUGUCCCUGGUAAGUUUCUGCUA